CAUGCUCCCGCUGAGCCCGUGCUGUGAGAGGGCGAAAGAUUAAAACUGGAAUUGAAUGCGAUUGGAACUGGAAGUGAGCGAGCCGGAGAAAUGUGAGAACAUACAAACAGGCAAAGAUUUAGCUGAGAAUGCAUAAAAGGUAUUGGAAUCAUUUGGGCCUGGCCUCAGUGCGGUGACGACGUCCAUAGGAUUGCCUAGUGGUCUUCAAUUUGCUGAGAUUCGAGUUCGGAAUUGGAAAAUUGGUCAUGCGGCUGUUCAUCGCAGUGCUGGUGAUCCUAGUGGUAGGUGGAACCUAUUCCCGGGCGGCAGAACCGAAGAAUGUCCUGCUUUUGCUGGCUGAUGACGCUGGCUUCGAGAUGGGGGCCUACCUGAACAAGUUCUGCCAGACGCCCAAUCUGGAUGCCCUGGCCCGACGCGGUCUGCUAUUUAACAACGCCUUCACCUCGGUGAGCAGCUGCAGUCCCAGCCGUGCCCAGCUGCUGACUGGACAGGCCAGCCACGCGAGUGGCAUGUACGGACUCCAUCAGGGAGUGCACAACUUCAAUGUGCUGCCCGAGGUUGGGUCGCUGCCCAACGUGCUGCGGGAGCAGAGCAACGGUCGCAUCCUCAGCGGCAUCAUUGGAAAGAAGCAUGUGGGAGCCGCCGCCAACUUCCACUUCGACUUCGAGCAGACGGAGGAGCAGCACUCGAUCAACCAGAUUGGACGGAACAUCACCAAGAUCAAGGGAUAUGCGCGGGAUUUCCUCAAACAGGCCAAGGAUGAGCAGAGGCCCUUCUUCCUGAUGGUCGGGUUCCACGAUCCACAUCGUUGUGGCCACAUAACUCCGCAGUUUGGGGAGUUUUGCGAGCGCUGGGGUAGCGGGGAGGAGGGAAUGGGCAGCAUUCCCGACUGGAAACCCAUCUACUACGACUGGCGCAAUCUGGAGGUGCCCGCCUGGCUUCCGGACACGGACGUUGUGCGUAAGGAGCUGGCCGCCCAGUACAUGACCAUCUCGAGAUUGGAUCAAGGCGUGGGCCUGCUGCUCCGCGAGCUGGAGGCUUCGGGCCUGGCCGACCAAACGCUGAUCAUCUACACCUCUGACAAUGGACCACCUUUCCCCGGAGGACGGACCAAUCUCUACGAGCAUGGCAUACGAUCGCCGCUGAUCCUCAGUUCGCCACAGAAGGAUGAUCGCCAUCAUGAGACAACGGCUGCCAUGGCUAGUCUCUUGGACAUAUAUCCCAGUGUGCUGGACGCCCUCCAGCUGCCGGCACCAAAUGGAACCAAGUUCAGCGGAAAAUCCCUACUGCCUGUCCUGAAGGAGGAGCCGCCAGCGAAGGAGAGCGAUUCGGUCUUCGGGAGCCAGAGCUACCACGAGGUCACCAUGGCCUACCCCAUGAGAAUGGUGCGCAACAGGCGCUACAAGCUGAUCCACAACCUCAACUACUGGGCGGACUUCCCCAUCGACCAGGACUUUUACACCUCGCCCACAUUCCAGCAGAUCCUGAACGCCACAAUCAACAAACAGCCCCUGCCCUGGUAUCGCUCCCUUCUGCAGUAUUACCAGCGACCCGAGUGGGAGCUCUACGACAUCAAAGUAGAUGCCUUGGAACGAAACAACCUGGUGGACAAGCCCAAGUACAGUGGCAUCCUCAAGCAGCUGCGCCAGCAGCUCUACCAGUGGCAGGUGGACACCAAGGAUCCCUGGCGCUGUGCCCCACAUGCUGUGCUGCAGGAGCAGGGCGUCUUCAAGGAGAAUCCCGUCUGCCUCACCCUGGGACACGAGGCGUUGCAGAGGUCCAGGCGGAGGGUCCUAACUCAAUAUGAGGAGUAUGUUGUUGUCUAGCCACUCCAGCCUACCCCUUAGUCGGCUGGUAGCUUGUUCAUUUGCUAAAGUAUUUUAUAAAAUUUACAGUCUUAUCGCACAGUCAAUAAAGGAGCAAUUCAAAGUGCUGAUAACAUUGAGAACUGAA